UUUGAGCCUCGUGUCACUUUUGAAGAUGAAGACGAAACACGGAGCCGCACGAGACUCUGCAAGCUGCCAUUAAACCGACCAACCGAUCAAUCAGAGAGAGAGAGAGAGAGAGAGGAAGAGAGAGAGAGGAAGAGAGAGAGAGGGAGAGAGACAGAGAGAGAGAGAGAGAGAGACAGGGAGAGAGAGACAGAGAGAGAGAGAGAGAAACAGAGAGAGAGAGACAGAGAGAGAGAGAGAGAGAGAGACAGACAGAGAGAGACAGAGAGAGAGAGAGAGAGGGAGAGAGAGAGAGAGACAGCCCGCGAGAACCUCCCAACAUCUGCUGCUGCAGAAACUUCAGAGAAAGUCUGCAGCGCGUACAGCAGGACGAGCUCCGCUUGCAGGAUGGGUGAUGUGAAGCGGAGCAGAGUGGUGUCUCCUCUGGACGGAGGCUGGGGCUGGGUGAUUGUUGGAUGCUGCUUCAUGGUGACGGUCUGCACACGAGCGGUGACAAGGUGUGUGUCCAUCUUCUUCGUGGAGUUUCAGGCUAAUUUUGAAGCUGAUUACGCUGCGACGGCGUGGAUUCACAGCCUGGUUGACUGCACCACCAUGCUCUUUGCUCCUGUGGGCAGCCUGGUUGCUAACCGGUGGUCGUGCAGGGUGUCGGUGAUGUUGGGGGGACUCCUCGCCUCCUCUGGGCUCCUUCUCUCCUCCUUCAGCAGCAGCCUGGAGCUCCUCUACCUCAGCAUGGGGGUCCUAACAGGUGUGGGCUUUGCUCUCUGUUACACGCCCGCCAUCGUCAUGGUCGGCUGUUACUUCCGCAGACGGAAGGCGUUGGCGUACGGCAUCGCCAUGUCCGGCAGCGGGAUCGGCACAUUUGUGUUGGCGCCGGCGGUGCAGCUGCUCAUCGAGAUUUACUCGUGGAGGGGGGCGCUGCUCGUUCUCAGCGCCUUCGUGGCCAACCUAAUCGUCUGCGGGGCGCUGCUCCGACCAAUCACAGUGAAGGAGGACGAGGAGGAGGCGGAGGGGAAUGAGGGGGAGUCAGGAGGGGGGGAGAAACCCGCCAACGUCUUGUCACACGACGCCGAGCUCGCAGUGAAACUCUCCAAAGAAUCCGAGGACCGCCUCCUGUCAUCGGGAAACGCAGCACCCCCGCAACUUCAGAAGAGGAGGCGGUGCUUCAGCUCCCAUUUCCUGUCUAGUAAGGAGUACUGCUUCCUGCUGUUACCUGACUUCCUGGGCCUGGCCGUGUCCUUCCUGUUCCUGGCGAGCGGCUGCAGCCUCCCCUUCGUCUACCUGGUGCCGUACGCCCUGAGCGUGGGCGUCAGCCACCAGCAGGCCGCCUUCCUCAUGUCCAUCCUGGGAGUCAUCGACAUCGUGGGGAACAUCACCUUCGGCUGGCUGACGGACAGACGGUGUUUAAAGCCGUACCGCCUGACGUGUUACAUCUUCUCCGUGGCGAUGGAGGGUCUCUGCUGCCUCUUCACUCCCUUACUUCGCUCUUUCUCCCUCCUCGUGCCAUUCGCCGUCCUCUACGGGUACUUUGACGGCGCCUACGUGGCGCUGAUACCCGUGGUGACGUCAGACCUGGUGGGAGCUCCGUACCUGUCCUCGGCGCUUGGCAUUGUCUACUUUCUCCACGCAAUCCCCUACCUGGUCAGCCCGCCAAUUGGAGGUUGGCUCGUCGACCUCACGCGAAGUUACACCGCCACAUUCUUCCUCAGUGGCGCCGCCCUGCUGGCCAGCUCGCUCGUCCUCACUACUGUUGCCGGGAUACGACACUGUCGCCGCCAUCAGCUGACUUCCAUCGCCAAGGACACCAAGCCUGAGCCGCUCCCCCUCAGUGUGUCGGACCAAUCAGAAUGCCACAUCACCUAUAAGAAGGAGCUGGCUGUCACUGACACCGUCGCCUCGUAGCGUCAGAUGAGUCGACCAAUCUUGUUCAUGGACACAAGAGUCAGUGAUGGGAGCUGUGAUUGGUCGAGGAAUCUGUCAAUCAAAUGCAAAUAAAUUAAGUCUCCCAUCACUGCGACAAACUUCAUGCUUAUAUUUUUGUAGUCACAGGAGUCAAAGCCAAAAACUUCAGCUUCCUGUGUGGAGAGCCUCUGAUUGGUUGAUUUGAACCUCAGAGCUGGAGCACGACCGAGAAGAACAUUGUAAACAGAUUUUGGAGUAACCCCAGGAUAAGUCUGCAGAGGGCGCUAAACGCCAUAGUUCCCCGAUAUAAAACCAAGAAUCAGACCAGAACCAGACGGCUUCAAGCCUCGACGUGAGCCGCUGAAACCUCUUACAUAGACUCUCUUCUCCCAGCACUGGAGAGCAGCCCCUCCCCUGGCAGCCCUGCAGCGUUCGGCCCCAACAGAGGGCUUCCAGAGAGCUGACCAAUCAGAAUAAAGUGGGCAUGUGGGGAGGGGGGGCCUUAAAGAGACAGCAGCUGAAAAAAGCUGAAAUGAGGGAUUUUACUGACACCAGUAUAAAAUAAAUAAAUCAUUCAAAGCUGCUCAAAAGGUUUCACAGACAUGAAAGGGGAACAUGAGGAGAAUAUGGGAUCUUCAACAAGAACAGGAAUUAACAAAAUAAAACAGGAACCUCAUCUUGUCUUUGAGCUCACCGUUGGGAUGAAAAAGUCGUCUGUGUGAUGAAGUGACUGUAAAUGUGAUUUAAUGACUCCAGUGAUGAUGCUGCCAAAAUGUUCAUGUCAAUGUGAAAAUAUGCAAGGUGCUUAAAAAUGUUAUUGUGAGAAUAUUUUUGUUCUAUUCAGGGAAACGUUUUUUCUUAAGUAACUCUUUAUGAAGUCUGAAGAACCAAAAACUGAAACUACGAUUGUGACCUCAAAGUGCUGCAAACGUUCAGCUGCCUCCUAGAAUAACCAAUGAAUAAAAACAAUAGAAACAA